GCGGCCUCCACAGAUGCAGGACUUUUCCUUAGCCCCGACCUAGAGAAGCGCGAGAAGUCAACACCGGCCCACUGUUCUUCAAAUACAAAAAUCCUUUUUGCCUAUUGGCUUUUCUUUAUCCCGUUGUUCCUUUGGAUCCGGCCUGGGAAGAGAAGGAAAUGGGGCAUGGUGGCUCGAAACCCGGUACCUCUGAGACUUCAGAUGAUGUCGACGAUCACGAGAGUCCGGUGCCUUCGUCCUCCCGCAUCGCCCGGUUCAGAGACAGGCUUCACCUUCGUCAUCUUCUUCAUCGCGGCGAUCGGCGUCGCCUCCACAGCAGCGAAUCAAGCUCGAAUCCGCCUCGACUUAAACUCACUGCUGACGAUUUCGCCGGAAUCGCUCUUAUCACGCUCAUUAGCGCUGAUAUGAAGUUCAAGGACAAAUGGCUUGCCUGUGUUUCUCUUGGGGAACAGACCUUUCGAACGCAAACCUCCAAUCACACUGACAAACCCAUGUGGAACUCUGAGAAGAAACUUCUUUUGGAAAAAAAUGGGCCUCAUCUUGCAAGGAUAUCCAUAUUUGAGACAAACAGAUUAUCCAGGAACAAUUUAAUUGGGUAUUGUGAAAUUGAUUUAUUUGACUGGCUGACUAAGGACACUGAUUCUGAUUUUGAGGUAUUCAAUCUGUUAGAUCCAUCUUCACCUGACACAGUUGUUGGCAGCAUUUCACUUUCAUGUUCUGUUGAGGACCCAAUUGAAACUGAAAAAAGUUUUGCAAGACGCAUCUUAUCUAUAGUGGAUUACAAUGAAGAUGGACAGCUUUCAUUCUCUGAGUUCUCUGACUUAAUUAAUGCAUUUGGGAACCAGUUGGCAUCUAAGAAGAAAGAAGAUCUCUUUAAAGAAGCCGACCAGAACAGGGAUGGUGCUGUUAGCAUGGAUGAGCUGGCUGCCCUUCUUGCCAUUCAGCAGGAAAAGGAACCCCUUCUUAGUUGCUGCCCUGUUUGUGGUGAGAUUCUUGAAGUCUCUGAUAAGCUGAAUACUAUGAUUCAUUUGACCUUGUGUUUCGAUCAAGGGACUGGAAAUCAGGUUAUGACUGGAGGAUUCUUGACUGAUAAGCAGGCUUCAUAUGGGUGGAUAUUUAAAUUAAGUGAAUGGGUCCAUGUUUCAUCCUAUGACGUUGGUUUAAAUUCGGGGGCAAGUGGUUCACAUAUUCUGGUUUAUGAUCGGAGGACAAAGCGAUUGGUCGAAGAAUUAAUUGAUGGAAAGAUUGUAUUAUCAAUGAGAGCAAUUUACCAGUCAAAACUUGGGCUUGGACUUAUGGACAAAGGGGCAAAGGAACUGUUGCAAAGCAUCUCUGAAAGGCAAGGGAGGCGAAUGAAUUCAGAAGAAUCUGCUAAAGAUAUUGCACAGUUUAUUGAUUUUUUUAAGGACCAAAUUAAUUUGGAUGAAGUCAAGUACCCUCUGGAACAUUUUAAGACAUUUAAUGAGUUUUUUAUACGAGAACUGAAACCUGCUGCAAGACCUAUUGCUUGUAUGGAAUGUGAUGAUGUUGCUGUGUGUGCUGCAGACAGCCGUCUAAUGGCAUUUAAAUCUGCUGCAGAUGGCCUUAGAUUUUGGAUUAAGGGUCGAAAGUUCUCUAUCCAAGGCCUUCUAGGAAAAGAAAUAAGCUCUGAUGCUUUAAUUAAUGGAAGUUUGGUUAUAUUCCGGUUGGCACCGCAGGAUUAUCAUCGUUUCCAUUUGCCUGUAUCUGGAACCGUCGAGCAAUUCGUUGAUGUACCUGGAUGCUUGUAUACGGUUAAUCCCAUUGCUGUGAAUAGCAACUACUGUAAUGUCUUCACAGAAAAUAAGCGAGUUGUAUCUGUCAUUUCAACUGCAGAUUUUGGAAAGGUGGCAUUUGUUGCAAUUGGAGCAACUAUGGUUGGCAGUAUCACCUUUUUGAAAAAGAAGGGUGAUUUUGUCCUCAAAGGAGAUGAGUUUGGAUAUUUUUCAUUUGGUGGAAGUACUGUCAUUUGUGUAUUUGAAAAGGAUAUGAUCGAGAUAGAUGAGGACCUCCUAGCAAAUAGUGCAAGAUCACUUGAGACCUUGGUUUCAGUAGGAAUGAAGUUGGGUAUCUCCUCAAAGAAACGGCUGAUGCAGAGAACUGAACUUUGACAUUGUCUUUGGGGCUUGAGGGAACUCAUUUACAUUUGCACUUCUGAAAUAUCCAUGUAGUUUCCUAAACUCAAAGCAAGGAGGAUAAUAAGGAAGGUAGCUUUUCAGCAAACACGUUGAUUACCAAUUUCAUGACUGAUCAUAUGAAGGGUUGUGAUGCAUUAUCGUUUGUGUUACCAUUUUGUAUAUUGGAAUAACAAGCCUUCGAUCCGUAUAAUAAGAAUUUUAAUGCAA